AUGCCAGACUUCAAGAAGUUUGACGCGACCACAUGCCCUUGGACUCACCUCCGCAUGUAUUUCCAAUCAAUGGCCGUCUAUGCUGAUAAUGAGAAGUUGAUGAUGCACUGCUUCCGAAGCAGUCUUACCAAAACAGCGGCUAGAUGGUAUAUCCAGCAGAACAGGGCUCAGAUCCGCACAUGGGGUGACUUGGCAGAUGCCUUCGAAGCGCAAUAUCACCACAUCCGGGAAAUGGCUCCGAACAAGAUGUCCUUUUUUGAAAUGAAGAAAAAGCCAACAGAAACUUUCAGGGAGUACGCACACCAUUGGAGGGACGCGGCCACUCAAGUGGAUCCUCUGGUUGGUGACUGUGAAGUAAUAUCAAUGUUCGUAGGCACUUUAAAAGAUAACUACCAUUCACACCUAGUGGGAUCCACCCCCCAUAACUUCAUGGGCAUCGUAGCUGCGGGGGCUAGAGUAGAAGCCGACGUCAAAGCUGGAUGGAGAAAGGUUAACAAUGCCGAUAGUGGCCCAAGCAAGAAAUGGGUUAAAGGUAAGAAGGAAGAAGAGACUCAAAUGAUACAGGGGUUUACCAAGAGCCAAAGGCAGAGAGGUCGAAGCCUAAGACCUGGGGAAAAUUUUUAUAUGGAACCGGUAGUGAAUCAAAUGCUGCAUAUGGGCCCAAGGCCCCAGUUCACGGCCCCCCGACCAAGACCGGCACCGACAAAUAAUCAAGUCCGAGAAAGGGAUAUGCCAAGGAAUUCUAGGAGGAUUGAUCCAAUCCCAAUUCCCUAUGCAGAUUUGUUUCCUCAGCUAUAUGAGAGGGGGAUGGUAACAACCAUACCAGCCAUUCCCAUCACCAAUCCACCCCCUCGAUGGUUCGAUCCCAAAGCCCACUGUGCAUACCAUGCCAAUUCUCCAGGUCACUCCAUCGACCAAUGCUGGGCUUUUAAAUAUAAAGUUCAAUCAUUAAAAGAUGAGGGGUGGCUUGCUUUUGAUGACAAACCAGUAGGCAUCCAAGAAAAUCCUUUGCCAAACCAUGAGGGGGACCAGGUCGGUAUGGUCGAGGCAGGACUCGGAAGGAUGCAAGAGGCAAACUUGGACCGUGUAAGUUUAGACUGGAUAUAUCAUGAGCUCAGGAAGGCAGGCUAG